AUGAAGGUCCGGCGUAGCAGUUCUUUACGACUACGGCAAUUGUUGGGUUUUCUCUUAUCAAUGAGUGCCUUUGUAUCAGCUGAUACAGCUCCCUCACUCUACGAUUACAAGUACGAUGGCACUACAACUUAUUGCUAUUGGAUGGACCAGGGCAUGCAAGUGACCAAUCUUGAUUUUGCUUACGUACUGCAGCAGGGAACGGGCUCUCAAUGUCCACUCACGAUCUCCCUGGAGCAAGCCACAACCGGCGUUAUUAUCGCCGGCACUGAGGUCGAAUACGCCUUUACGGCUACACUAAAUCUAAACGACAAUGUGUUUAACUUUAACAAAUUACAGGCGGUGGUACCUGACCCGACCACGGGCCUUCCAAUGCAGAUUGGCCACGCCAACAUCCACACGUGCUUACGCUCUACCGUGUGUGAUAUUUUCCGAACAGGAGCGAAUCGUAAAAUUGUAGACCAGGAAUCAUCCAACUUUUCUAGUGCAGGCACUGCCAGCUUUCGUCAGAGAAUCACAUACAACAGUGUGGGCGAGCGGAAUGUAUUCGCGCACAUUAUUCUACCGCCAACGAAUUAUUUGAAAAGGAGCUACCAUUUUGUCUCGUUCAUAACGACAAAUGUAGAAGCUAGCACAACUAGUGCGGACAAUGACGACAGUUCGGGGUUGUCGACGGGCCUAACGGUGGGCCUAAUUGUUGGUGGAGUAGCAAUUGUCGCUGCCCUCAUUCUGUCAGUCGUGUUUUGGCGCGGAAAGCGUCGACCUGGUCUCGUUAACGACCAUUUCCGAAACAGUGGCUUUGGGUUGCCAGCUUCGUACGUGGCAAACAAGUCAAAGUCCCACCUGGAUUGGAACGCCGAGCCCGAGGCGCGAUUGACUUCACAUGGCUCUGGCUUUAAGGAGAACUAUCCGACGAGAGAUGGAUCUAACGGCUGCCGUUGUCCUGGACUCAAUGCCAGUGCUCUCGUCUUUAACGAUCGGCUUAGCCGCCAGAAUAAGACGGUGUCGUCAUCAUGUUCUCUUCACUCGAGUCAUGGUCAUGGUGACUCUAGGGUCAUGUACAACAACUACGACACGCCCACGCAGCGGUCUGGCAAUAACUUUGGUGCUUCCGGACAUUCGGCUAGGGACCCAUUUAAUGACUCUCAGUCGAUAUACCCCGAUGACUCAAUGUACGAAAGUGAGUUUCGUAUUCCCGAAGAAGAUCCGAACCUCGAAUGUGGACGUACACCAGACCUCGAGACCUUCGGCAUCGGGCCUGGUGGGCCAUCUCUUGAUAGCGAAACAUCCAUGGGCUCUUCCUUUGAGUACAAAACGGAUCACUCGCAUUUUUCUCAGCCUCCAAUCAACCCGCUUCUCAAUGGCUAUGGACGCGAAUCAGACUUGUCGAGCAUGGGUGAAACGGAGGAAUACGAUAUGUACGAGCAGCGACCUCCUCGCACUCGGAGCGACACCAUGGACGCCUUGCUCACUGGCAUGCCCGAUGAUAACGGCAGAGAGGUUGGCGAAAAUCGUAGCAGCUCGGUGUCCUCGAUCGGAACUGUGGAUUUCACGCAAGACGAACCCUCUGUUCGUUCUUUAAAGCCAAUGAAGUUUGAGCCAUUGGACGAGACGUUAACAAUGUCUGCCAUUGCAAAGGCAAAGGUGGCCAUCGGUGACCAUGCCAACCCUAGCAGGUCUGCUAACUCAAAGGCUAGUCACGGCAACAAACAUCUUGUUGUUAAUGAUAGCAGCACCGCUAGUUUCGCGACUUCAAACGUCAGCUCCGAUUUUGCUAGCACUGCCGGCUCUGUCGACAUUUUUGAUGGCAAGAUGAAGUUUGACAAUACUAUUAACAUCGCGAAUGAGUAUGCAAGUGACGUUGUCAGCACCGCGGACUUUGCUACCAACUUUGAGUCCAGCACCGUCACCGAUAUCGUUGCUAGCUCUGAAUUCAGCGACAGCGGCAAUGGUGACUUCACUAAGCCAAACAGCCACAGCGAUUACGACGAAGGCAGUAGCCUAAACAGUGAGUUGGAGGGAUCUAGCUAUAGCUCUGGUCUCAGCGGCUCGAGCUUUGGUGCCGAUGAGAUUGGAAGCAGCUACGGCACUGGCCUGACUGGCCCAACUCUUGGAACGGAAGUGGCCGACUCGGCAUUAGUUGCUACCAAGACGGAAAACGACUUCAACAAUACACACUCUACGUACGAUUUCGACGACCAGUCCUUCCGUGCGUCCAACUCGUUUGCCACGACAGCAUUAGACGAUGAACUGGCAGCUAGCAAGAGACUCCGCCCGAGACGUGUAUCUUCAGCUGAUGGUGAGAGUUACGAAUUUUAG